GAAAAUUUUUUGAAAACAACACCGGAAUGAAACACAUGACGAGAAUUUGAAGCAAAUUUGAAGGUAAAAAAUUUGGAACCUGUUCAGUGUUCAUAGUUCAAUUAUUGGUGUGUUGGUGAUCUCAAAAUCAGUGAAAUCCAUUUCUGCUCUGCGGUCUUUCAUCUUUUAAUGAGCGAAAUCAACAGGUAAAUAAACAAGGAUUUCAUUAUGGAUAAUGAAAAUGAAAUUGAGUCGAUGGAAGUAUCAGAAUCGGAUGAAAGGGAUGACGAUUCUAUCGAUGAAGAAACCGAAGACACUAUUGAAGAGGAUGCUGUUGAAACGAACGAUGGAGAGCCUCCUAAGAGAAAAGUAUAUUUGCCUGGACAGUCUUUGAGAAGUGACGAAGUUCUCGAACACGAUCCUUCUGCGUAUGUAAUGCUUCACGAAGCUGAUGCAGGUACACCUUGUCUCAGUUUCGAUAUAAUUCCCGAUAACUUGGGUUCAGCGAGAGAAACGUUCCCCCAUUCUUGUUACGUUGUUGCUGGUACUCAGGCAGCCAAAAGAAAUCAGAAUAAUAUUAUAGUUAUGAAGAUGUCCAAUCUUCGUAAAACUCAAAAGGAAAAAGAAAACGAAGACGAUUCAUCUGAUGAAAGUAGUAGCGACGAAGAAACAGAUGCAGAUGGUAUCAGUUCGAAAUCUCCUGUGAUGAAUUCUUCUCCAAUUGCACAUUUCGGUUGUAUCAACCGAAUACGUAGUUCCGUUUUCAAUAACACCGUUCUUGCCGCUGUUUGGUCAGAACUGGGACGUGUUACUAUUUGGGAUUUAAAAACACAUCUAAACGCGGUAGAAAAUAGAACAACUGUCAAAGUACGUUCAGUUAAAAAGAAAAAUCAGAAGAAACCUGUAAAAAAUGAAGAAUCUGAGAAACCUCUCUACACGUUUACUGGUCAUUUACAAGAAGGAUAUGCUAUCGAUUGGUCGUCUACUGUACAAGGUGUUCUAGCUACGGGUGAUUGUAGUAGUAAUAUUCAUAUCUGGUCACCUCGAGAAUCGACUUGGCACGUGGAUCAAAGGCCCUUCAAGAGCCAUAAUAAAUCAGUUGAGGAUAUACAGUGGUCUCCUCAAGAGAAAAACGUUCUAGCUUCAUGUUCUGUUGAUAAAACUAUUAAAAUUUGGGAUAUUCGAGCUGUACCCAGUAAAGCCUGUAUGUUGACCGCAGAAGAUGCUCACUCGAGUGAUGUGAAUGUUAUCAGUUGGAAUAGAACUGAACCUUUAAUUGUAUCAGGAGGUGAUGAUGGUUACGUUCGCGUCUGGGACUUACGCCAGUUCAAGAAGGACAACGCAGUAGCCACAUUUAAGCAUCAUACCGAACCAGUUACCACCGUAGAAUGGCAUCCUACCGAUAGCUCAGUGUUCGCGUCCGGCGGUGAGGAUAAUCAGAUCGCAUUAUGGGAUCUGGCUGUUGAAAGAGAUAGCGAGUUGAAUGAAGAGGAAAUAAAGGAAAUACCACCGCAGCUUUUAUUCAUUCAUUUAGGUCAACAAAGCAUAAAAGAACUUCAUUGGCAUCGUCAAAUACCUGGAGUUAUCAUUAGCACUGCUGAGACUGGUUUCAAUGUUUUUAAAACCAUAAGCGUAUAGUAGAUUCAGUAUUUUUUUUACUCUUACCAUUUUAUAAAUGUCUGAAAAUCUACCUUAUGACUAUAACUCAUGUACCAAGUUUUUGAACCUGGAGUCAACUUGUACCAUCCCGAAAAUAUUUUAAAUAAACGAUUUGUUUCCCAUUA